UUAAAACCAUUUUCACGUACUCUUUGGUUAACUAUUUUAGGUACUGUAAUAUAUGCAAGUAUUUUAAUCUUUUUAAUAGAACGUCCAUAUAAUGAAGCAUUACAAGAUCGAUCAGUUAUAUCUGCGGGUGCAAUGUCUACAUGGUAUUCGAUGGCUACCAUAAUGGCAUGUGCACCGGAUUUUAAUGUUACAACAGCUGCUGGUCGAUUAUUAACUAUUGGCUUAUAUAUUUUAAGUUUAAUAUUACUGGCAGCUUAUACAGCUAACUUAGCAUCUGAUUUAACAAUACAAAAAUCGCAAACUGUCGUUAGUGGAAUCGAUGAUAUUAAAAAUGGUAAGAUACCAUUUAGUCGUAUUGGUAUUCUUGUCGGUUCAUCGGAUGAAGAUUAUUAUUUACAAGAAGUAUCCAGUGGUAGUCGAAACUUUUAUUCGUUAACAUCUAUCACAGAAGUGUAUGAUAAAUUAUUAAGUGGAGCCAUUGAUGCAUCAAUUAUGGAUGUUGGUCCUUCAGAAUAUGCAACUACUCAUAUUUAUUGUAAUUUAACUUUAGUUGGAGCUGAUUUUGAUGCAAGUGCAUUUGGUAUUGUUUAUCAAAAAGAUUGGAUUUAUGCAAAAGAAUUAGAUGUAAAUCUCUUGUCAUUAAGAGAACAAGGUGUUUUGGAUAGUUUGAGGACAAAAUGGUUUGAGGGAGGUGAUUGUUCUCAAACAGUCGAUAGCGGUACGGCGAUGACAGUUGAAUCAUUGGGUGGUUUGUUCUUAACUUUUGGUGUUAUUAGUAUUUUAUCUUUAUUAUUAUUUGUUUGGUUAAAACGAUCAGUUAUAAAAGAUUAUUUUAAGUCACGUAGACGUCGAAGAAGUUUAGUAAUUAGUCCGAAUACGUCGAAAGAAGAACAUGCUCAAGUAAUUGUAGCUGAAUAA